AUGGCUUCGGAAUUUAACAUUGCCCAGGCUAGGACUCGUUUUCCCGCUUUGAAUGCAGAGCAGGUGUUCCUCGACAAUGCAGCGACGUAUGGCAUAUCUCGGGCAGCCACCACUGCAUUUUCUAAGGGUUACGAGGCGGCGGCGAAGUUUGUCAAUGCGAGUCCUGAUGAGCUCCGGCUUGCUCUGACCCCAUUACCUCAGAUCUGCUUGGGUAUAUCAACAACUCAGCUCUUGCACAACCUUUCGACCGCGCUCAAGUUCGAACCCGGCGAUGAGCUGGUGCUCUCAAAGCUGAACCACGAAGCCAAUACGGCCCCCUGGGUUCGGAUCGCUGAACGACUGGGCUUGCAGGUGAAGUGGUGGUCGGCAUCGGAUACCAGAAACCCUGUUUGUGACCUGGAUGAGCUGGGCCAAUUGCUCUCGGAGAAGACGAGGCUCGUUGCUUGCCCACAUGCUUCGAAUAUCACAGGGACAAUCACGAAGGUCAAGGAGAUUGCGAAGCUCGUUCAUCAGUAUCCACGUGCUCUCCUCUGCGUGGAUGGGGUUGCGCUUGCGCCGCAUCGUCAGGUAGAUGUGAAGGAUCUAGAUGUCGAUAUUUAUGCGUUCUCAUGGUACAAAGUCUACGGGCCGCACAUUGCUGAACUAUACGCCUCAUCCCGGAUUCAUGAUCAGAUCAACAGCCUUGGCCAUUUCUUCAAAGGCACAGACACGCUGGACCUGAAGCUCAAUCUAGCAUCCGCGAGCUACGAAGCGACACAGAGUAUUCCUGCGGUGCUUGAAUUCCUUGGACCCAAUCCCGCAGCUACAUGGGACACGAUCGCCUCUCAUGAAGAGAAACUACAGGCAAUAUUGCUGAACUAUCUCAGAAGCCAGGAUCAGAUUACGAUCUAUGGAGAACCUUCGUCAAGCAAAGUGCUUCGCGUCCCGGUGAUCAGUUUCACGGUGCAAGGCAUCAAGAGCCAAAAGGUUGUCGAAGAAGUGGAGCGGCGGACGCAGUUUUGUUUUCGCCAUGGACAUAUGUACAGCCACCGACUGUUGAACGAUGUUGUGGGUUUGGAGGAUGUCGAAGAUGGCGUGGUACGGAUCAGCAUGUUGCAUUACAAUACUGGUGAGUCUGCACCUGGGAGUCUGCGGGGGAGGGUUGCUGACGGACAUCAGAGGAAGAAAUUACCCUCCUGGUCGAGAGCUUGA